AUGGAUGCAGAGAAAGGCAAUGGUUCAUGUGCACCGCUAGGAGCCAAAGAAGGAAGAAAUAGAGCAGGAGUGGGAAAAUUGCCAUCAGAAGCAGAGGAGAAAUCAGAUAAGUCCAAAGAAAAGGAAGAGAAAAAGAAGGAAGAGGGAGAGGAUAAAGACAAGGAGAAGGAUAAGGAAAAGGAGCCAAAAGAUGAGGAGGCACAAGCGAAAGGGGACGAGCAAGAGGAAUCACACGUGCUGGGAAAAUCUGCAGAAACUCUCGGGAAAGGAAAGUCUGUAAUCUUCAAAGUUCCCGAAGAGCACAAGCCAGUCUGGAGUGAUAUCAAGAUACAGAAUCCAUCCAACGAAAAGAAAACGUUCAAGGUAAAAUGUACCUCAAAUCUGCACUUUCGCGUUCAACCACCUCUUGGUUUUAUUAAACCGAACGAUACAGCAAGGAUACGAGUAUGGUUUCAGAACCAGAAAGGGAUUCCGACAGAAAAGAAGCGGCACUAUUUUGCUAUAUAUUUUAUGCCAGCACAAGAAGGCAAAACUGUGAAGGAUAUGUGGCCCAAAAACGCAAAGCAUGAGGGAAUAUGCCGUGUAUGUGUUGUAUUUGAAAAAGCAGUAGGCGACAAACCUGAUUCUGCGAAACCUCCAGAUAAUCCAAGCAAAUGA